AUGUGUGCAUACUGCAUCGAGGCACUGGUUCAGCAAGGUGCCUUUACCUUCAGCCACGCUGUGUUUGGAACUAUAAAACUGUUUGUGUAUAUGAAGACCUGUGAACUGCAGAUUCAGGUUGAAGGAGGGAUGACUGCUAGCCAGGAUAAGAAUCAUCUGCAUGCUGCAGGUCAUAUCUGUGUUCUUAAAGAUGCUUUCAUGUAUGAAAGUCCAACUGAAAUAGCAAAUCUAGCCUCCGCAGACAAGUUUGAUGCAGCCCUGGCCAUUCAUCUUUAUAAAGGAGGCAGACUUCUGCAAGGUAGCAGAAUUCCUUUUGGAAUCAUCUUUGGUGGGACAGAUGUAAAUGAAGAUACCAAAUGUGAAGAGAAACAUCGGGUAAUGGGAGCAGUGCUAGGAGAAGCCAGGUUUGCAGUGGCUUUCACGGUGAAAAUGAAGGAACUGGCAGCAGCAGAGUGGCCCGAUGCUAGGAAGAAAAUACAUGUCCAAGCUCAAGGAAUUAAGACUACACCCAGUGAAACAUUUGACUGGUAUAGAUUUCUACAAAAUGCAGACAUUCCUACAGAUACAGGCAGUUUACACAUGUUUCUUUUGAUAUGCGGACUUCGACGAGUGAAAGACCCUCUGUAUUUAGUAGAUGUAUUUUCAGAUUGGCACAGAAGGGAUCCCAGUGUCCAUCUGGGCAUCAUUGGACCUGCAGUUGAUCCACUUUUUACAAGCGAAGUUAAGGAAAAAGUUAAAAGGGCACCUGGAGUACAUUUAUUACAGGAGGUGCCACAAGAUGAUCUUCAUGCUGCUAUGAAAAGGUGCUUUGCUGUGGUGAACAGCUCCAUUUCAGAGGGGAUGUCUGCUGCAAUUCUGGAGGCAAUGGAUUUAGAUAUUCCAGUGCUGGCAAGGAACAUUCUUGGGAAUGCAGCAAUAAUAAAACAUAAGGAAACAGGACUGCUAUUUUCAGAUCCCCAGGAGUUUGUUGUGCUCUCCGAGAGUUUGAUGAAUGACCCCAUUAUGGAAAGAGAAAUUGUAACAAGGGCCAAAGACUACGUGAAGAAACAUCAUUCAUGGGAAAGUGAAAGAAAAGCCUAUCAGAACCUUGUCCUAAGACUCCAGUGAAUUGCAGGACUACAGCUGAUAGCCAGCAGUCUGUGUAGAGCACUUUAAUGAUGGAUAUGUAAUUAGGUUUGGGUUUCUCUUGGUUUCUUUUUAGAAGAGAUAGUAAGACAUGCAUUAUUAUUCUAUUCAAACAUACCAACAUCACAGGAGUUGCCUGCUACUUCAAACUAAUCAAAUUUAUCUGAUUCAGCACACUGUCUCUAGUGUACCAAUUCAUCACAGACCAGUAUCAUUUUGUAAGAUCACAUAGGAGAAAUAUACCCCUUGAGCAGACACAAAAUUUUUGUUGUUGUAAGGCCUCAAAGGGAGGAUGGUUUCUUGUACACAGUGGAGCACUCCACCACAUAGAGCUUACAUCAAAUGUUCUGAUCAUGUUGCAUCCUAGCCAAACUGCAGUAGCAGUUUCCUUUCCAAUUAUACCAAUCUGAAUGUAUUCAGGUACAUGUGAUGCACAUAUAUGUUCAUAAAGCCAAGAUUAGUUAUAUAUACAGAGUAUGAAAUUAUUAACACGAAAGCUUUCUUAAGACUGAAUGAUCAACAUGUCUAUUGACUGCAUAAUGAUCAGGGGGCCAAAAAGCAAACGGAGUGUUGAUGCUUGGGGAGAGUGAGGGGUAUAGGGCAUGUUUUGUACUGCUCUCUAAGUACCUGAAUUGCUUUCAGAUAAGCUGAUAUGGCCAAACAGCCCUAUGCCUGCAUUUUCUCUUGGGUCCUGGGACUAGAGCAGGAAGGUUGGCACAGCACCCGACAGCCGGACCUGGCUUCAGAUUCCAGAACUGCACAGUGCUGCCUGCAGCAGCAAGACGUGCGUGCAGGCAGAGACGAUUUGUUACAUAAACUACCUCUUAGUUAGCCAGUUUCUUUGGUACCUCUGUGAUUUACUUAUUUACUAAAAGAUUUAUGAGAGCUGUAAAAAGGGGUGAAGGACCGGGGGGAGGCAUUUUCAAUUUACUAUGUAUUUUGGUACUGUUCGUUCUCAUUUGUGGCUUUCAGGAUAUAUUGUAAUAUACUGCAGCAGGCUGUUUUAAAGUGAGACUUAUCUGUGCUUGAAGUCCAUACUAAUCAUUCCUGCCAGCCCAGUGAUUAUGGACAUACCUUUGAAUCCAUAACUGGUCAUCAAAGGACUUAACAUUUAUAGAAAAAAAAGAGGGUAAUAUUUUUAACUACUUGUUAUGGGGAAACUCUGUUUAUAGGCUUGAUCCUGCCCCCAUGAGAACCAGUGAGAAGUUUUCUAUUGAUUUGAAUGAUUGUUGUAUCAGACUUUUCUUUGUAAUAAUGAAGUUCACUGUGUAUUUUAAGCUUUCCUCUUUAUUUUUGAUGUUUUGCAACUGUUGGGACAGUAAACAAGAAAGUAAUUUGAAUGUCGUAAAUUGACUUCUCCGAAA